AUGGGCCAGAAUCAAAAUCAGAAGAACGAGGCCACCACCGAAAAUGAAAGUGACUUCCCCGACCUCCCACCUUUCCCCAACGAUGUCCCGACUGCACCUCUUCUCCAACUAUCACUACAGAAACUACUAGCAGGAGAUUCCACAGAGCUAGACCGAUUGUUCCAGGCAUCCGUUGAUAUCGGAUUCUUCUAUCUAGAUAUCCGGGACUGUGACCUCGGAGCAUCUCUACAAAAAGAUGCAGAUAGUCUAUUCGACGUUGGAAAGACGUUAUUCGAGCUAAGCCUCGAAGAGAAGAAGAAGUAUGACUUCAGCGCCCAGAACUCAUACUUCGGGUAUAAAGGGCAAGGAGUAUCUGUAGUAGAUAAACAAGGGAACCUGGACCGAAACGAAUUCUACAAUGCCUCAAAGGAUGACAUCCUUAACAUCUCAGACCCUCUCCCAGCCCCAGAAAUCCUCCAAACAAACAGAUCCCUCCUAAAGUCAUUCAUGACAUCCUCCCACAAAAUAGUCACCCUCCUCCUCACCAUUCUCAACGUAAAACUCGGCCUGCAACCAAAUACCCUCCCAUCACUGCACCGUCUAACAUCGAAAAGCGGCGACCAAGUCCGCUGGAUAAAAGCACCUGUUCAACCCCUCUCAGAUAGCCGAGUAGCACUGGGCCAACACACGGAUUUCGGCUCUGUAACCGUUCUCCUGAAUAGAGUUGGCGGGCUUCAGGUUCAAAUGCCUAUCACCGGUGAAUGGGUAUAUGUGCGUCCGUUACCAGGACGAGCAAUUAUUAAUCUUGGAGAUGCGAUGGUUAAGUUUACCAAUGGGCUUUUGCGGUCCAAUAUUCAUCGGGUUAAUGCACCGCCGGGUUUGCAGGCGGGGGUCACGAGGUAUAGUCUUGUUUACUUUGCGAGGCCGGAGGAUGAUGUUGUUUUGAGGAGGUUGGAUGGGGAAGGGAUUCCAGGGUUGGGUGUUGGAGAGGUUGAGGAGGAGAUUUGUAGUAAGGAGUGGAUUAUUAGGAGGGCUUUGGGGAGGAGGGUUGAUUUGGGGAGGGAGAUUGAUUAUGAGAAGUCUGCUGGGACGGAGGAGAUGAGUAGGAGGAUUAAGGCUUGA